AUGGAGAAGAUAAAGUCGACCAACGGCACCGGGUGCUUCCCCCCCGGCACAAAAGCCAAAGACAGAGUGGGCAGACUGGAUCCGUAUGGCUUUGAGCGCUCAGAGGACUUUGAUUACGAGUCGUACGAGGAGCUCAUGUCUGAGUAUCUGGUCGUGCUCACCCGCCGAUCCAUCAAGUGGUCCAAACUGCUGAAGGGUAAAAGCAAGGUGCAGAAGAACAUAAAACUAAAGCGUUACGUACGGAAGGGGGUUCCCAAUGAGCACCGGGCUUUGAUCUGGAUGGCAGCCAGCGGGGCUCAGGAUCAGUUGGAGAAGAACCCAGGAUACUACCAGUCUCUGCUGGAAGCCCAGCACGACUCUAAACUUAUGGAGACCAUCAAAACAGACCUGAACAGGACAUUUCCAGACAACAUCCAGUUCCGCAGGACAUCCAGUCCAUGUCUACAGAAAACCCUGAACAAUGUGCUGCUGGCCUAUGGCCACCACAAUCCAGCUGUGGGCUACUGCCAGGGGAUGAACUUUGUUGCCGGGUUGUUACUCGUCAUCACAAAAGAUGAAGAGAAGUCCUUCUGGCUGAUGGACGUGCUGUUCGGUCGUAUUUUACCAGACUACUACGCUCCAGACAUGCUGGGACUGAAGACAGACCAGGAGGUUUUGGGGGAGCUGGUGAAGCUUAAAGUCCCCCGAGUGUGGCAGGUGAUGGAGGAACAGGGCGUGAUGUGGACUCUGGUGGUCUCUCGAUGGUUCAUCUGUCUCUACAUCGACGUCCUGCCGGUCGAGACGGUUCUGAGGAUUUGGGAUUGCCUUUUCUACGAGGGCUCAAAAAUCCUGUUCCGCGUAGCUCUGACUCUGAUCCACCACAACCAGGCUGUGAUCGAACAGGCCCGGUCCCUGCCGGACGUCUGCGAAGCCUUCAAACGGAUCGCUCAGGGCCCGUUUGUUGAAGAGUGUCACACUUUUAUGCAGAAAAUCUUCACUGAACCAGGAAGCCUGUCCAUGGAGACGCUGACGAAGCUCCGAGCGACGUGUCGAGCUCGAAUCGCCGCAGAAGGAACCUAAACUGGACUUCACGCCUAAAGUUAAAACACAUUCCAGCUCGUUUGCACUUUAAAAAAAAAUCGGAGUCACUGUGAUUACUACAUUCCGUAAACAUUUUGUCUUAAAGCCAACACCGAGACAAUCCCACAGCUCUGGGAUUAUAUUGUGAGCUUAAGCUGUGAUGAUUCCACCUGAAAUUUUCCAGGUAAACUGGACCCAUGCACUUUAAACCAGGAUGGCCGAAGAGUCGAGACUAACUGUCGGUUAUCUGGUAGCACGAGUUAACUAGUGCUCAACAGAAGCACAACCACGAAGAAAAGAUUUGAUGUUAUUGUCUCAAUCAUGAAUAUCAAAACUAUUAUUUUUGUAGUAAAUGAAGAUUAAUGAUGCUGAUGCAGCUUUUUGUAGAAACUUAUUGUAAAACAAGUAUUUUAUAGCUGAAAUUUGUACUUUUGGAAACAUUUCAGCAUCUACACGUAGUUGUUGGCUGUGUUCAGGUUUAGCAGACUUUAUGAAAGCUUGUGAAAACACUGGUGAAGAAAUAUAAGCACACCUGAAGGCUCCGGUUUGUUUUUAGUGACUGUAUGUUGUGUUGUUUUUGAUUUACAAAGGUUUCUGUACAGAAAACCAUGUUUCCUACAUGAAUCAUGACGGGGCUGGAGUUUGAACAGUUUUAACUUGCAGUGAGUUG